AUGUGGGUCUCGUGUCUCCUGGCUCUUCUACUUCUCGCGGACUUGCUGGAGGCCCAGAGGGCCGGCCUCAGGUUGACAGAUGAAGCCAGAAGAAAUGUUAGAAAACGUGUCACUACCAUGAUCCGAGAACGGCUUGGAAGAAGAAGUAAAGAAGUCUGUUAUGAUCUACUAGGCUGUUUUCCAGUUGAUGGUCCAUUACUGAAAAAGGGUCCUCAAGAUCCUAAAGACCUCGAUACUAGAUUUUAUUUAUACAAACGUGGAAAAGAGUCUGAAGGCAUAUCAUACACUGAUGGGAGAGAGUCAUUGGUAUCGUCACAUUUUGAUACAGCUAAACCAACAAAAUUCAUUAUUCACGGUUUCAAAGGCAGUUCAAAGGAUAUAAGUGCACGCAUAGUGGUUGAACAAUUGUUAAAUUUGGAAGACAGUAACGUUAUUUUGUUAGACUGGGCAAAAGGAGCACAGGGGCCGUCUUACAGACUUUCGGCAGCUAACACUCAACUUGUCGGAAAGCAGCUUGAACUAAUAUUGCUGGAUAUGAUUUCCCUUGGAACCUCUCCUAGCCAAAUACACAUAAUAGGAUUUAGUCUUGGAGCGCAUAUUGCAGGUUAUGCAGGGCGAUCUUUAUCUCAGAGAGGUAUCAAAUUGGGCCGUAUUACAGGUUUGGAUCCUGCUUCUCCACUUUUCAGAGAAAGUUUUACAUCUUUACCUGCUCUCAGCAAAGAGGAUGCUGCAUUUGUAGAUGUUAUACAUACCGAUGGUUCAAUUUUACUCACAGAAGGUUUUGGAUUGCUAAGAGCUCUUGGUCAUGUAGAUUUCUUCCCAAACGGAGGUCAGGAUCAACCAGGAUGUGAAUAUGUAUUUGCUUCUGUACUUGUCAGUCAUCUUGAAGGUACAGUUAACUCUUCAACAAUAUGCAAUCAUGCAAGAGGAUUCCAGUUAUUCAUGGAAAGCGUUACUUCAAAACAAGAUGGAUGUCAAUUCCGAAGUUUUCCUUGUAUUUCACGAGAACACUUCCGCAGUGGAGCAUGUUUUCCCAGUAAAUGUGAAAUCAACAGUACAGAUGGCUCCUGUGGCAUUAUGGGCUAUAAUGCUGACUUGGGUUUGGCAAGAGGCCCUUUGUAUAUGGUGACCAGAGAAGAACGACCAUUUUGUGGUGAUCAAUUGCAAAGCAUAGUAGUUCUUUCAAAAAAUGGACUAAAACCUAGAAGUAAUAUUCUACUGUCGGCCAAAGUCGAAGAUGAUACCACUUCGUUCGAACUUCGAAAUGAGCCAAGAGAUCCUUUUCAAGGAUAUGUAUACAGAGGGUUAUCAGCAUCAAUGUAUGGGUUAUACAAUUCACAACUUUCCAAUGUGACAGUAACUCUUGUACUUCGAUAUGCACCCCGAAUGAUAGGUGAGAUAAUUGUAGCAGAGUACGUUCGCAUAGCUAAUCUAGAUGGAGAUUUUUGGUCAUAUUGUGGUAAACCAGUCAUAUUUGAAACAAAUGAUGAGUUUGGAGUGACUACUGUAAAUCUCACCUAUAAAUCAUGCUAAUAUUUAAAAGUGAACAUCAAAAUUGAAUAUCUUCAAAGCCGUGCUUUGAUUGUGAAAAAAAUGUUUAAUGCUAACUAACUAUUAUAAAAA